AUGCAAAACCACGUCAGUGUCAUUGAAAUCCACGACGAACUGCCCACUGUCUGGGUAGAGUCCAAGUGGAUUCAGGCCGGGAAACAAUACCCUAGCAGCGAUACUCCACAGUGCGUUCUCAAUGCUCGACAACGCGUCCUCGCAAUCCCUCCCGAGUAUUCCAGCUAUCUACCUAGUGAAACUACCUCUAUACUGCUCCUCCUCGCAACAUCGCUGCCUCCACAGCCUUCGGUCCUGGUUACCCCACAGGUAGAGGUGCUGUUCAGCUCCUCCCCGCCAACGGAGCAUCCUUCUAUACUCCGUAGCCGCCCCCUACCUCCGACGAUCAUACUGCGCCAACUGCAAGCGAGCUUCGGCCAGGCGUGGUUUGAUGGGGCUCAGUCGAUUGUGGACUGGCGCUACAAAGACUCGCGUGUCCCGCUCUACGCGCUGACCUUCUGGUUGGAGACCGAGAGGGCCCGGACGCACCAGACCGUCUGGCAUGCAGCCGAAGAAUGGAUGACGAGGUGGGGAAGAAGCAUCGUCAAGGAGGUCGAUGAAGCUCGUGACGGACUAGCUGUGAUACCCUGGGCAGCGGAUUACCGCGCCCUCAAUGCGGUCAGCACGGUCUUCGACGUACUGGCCACCUUUCUAUCGGAUGACUGGCUCAGCGACGAACACAUCGACAUGUUCGCAACUCACCUUGCGAAGCGCGUCCACCGGAACCGCACUUUAGCGAAGUCAGUUGUCGUGGCGAACCUUGUCUUCAUGCGCGAGGUCGAGGCAGCCGCGGCUAUGAAGCCCAGUGAAUAUGAGCCGAGCGCAUUCCUUCGUGACUACAAAGAUCUCUUCACGACCCAUCGUAGGGAACGGCUCUUGUUUCCUGUAUACGUUGCAAGCGCGCGGCACUGGGUCGCUGUAGAAGUCAACUUCCGGACAAAGUCGAUAUCGUACGGUGACUCGAUGGACUCGAGCUCAACCGCCCCUCAGAAGGCCAUCAAAGCGCUACAGAAGUGGCUUCAGCGCGACUUUGGUCGGAAGUUCAAUGACUUGGGCAAUACCCUACCACACGGUCAGCAGAAGGACACUUCGUCGUGCGGAAUAUGCACGAUCAACACCAUCGCCCAUGCACUUUUUGGUGACGGUCUCUUCACCCAUAAGACCCGCCACAAGCUUCGCGUCGAGUACUUCAACAUCGCUGUACGCGCGUACAAUGAUCACACAAAGACAGGGCCCUGUUCCCAAAGCAAGAACCCGCGUGCAUCAUCCGAGUCCCACGCCGCGGCGACACCUACUGUGCUUGCAUGUGAAGACACCAGUCGUCUGAAACGUCUUCGUAACGAGUCCCCGGACCGCUCUGACGUGUCAGCAUCUGCGAAACGCAACCGGGUUGGGUCGGUGUCGACCAUCAAGUCGACCAUCGUCGAGGGCGCUACCGAGGUGCUCGCCGCUCCCACCUCCGAUGUUGAUACAGACAUGGUCAGCGCUGUGCCGCUCAGCUCGUCAGCCCCAGAGUCAGAGUCAGAGUACGAACUUGUCUCGUCUGCGCGUUUGCGUUCCGAAGACUCGUACGAGCUACUGUCCUGUCCCAGCUCCGAUGUUGAGGGCAGGCCAGUGACGCAACCGCCGGCCUCUGACUCUGGGCGCAUAACACCUGGGUCUAAUGCCGACGGCCGCCUGUCUAUAUCGUCGUCAGAUACAGACCCUAUGAGCAAUACCAGCUCAGACUCGGAGAGUGCAUCUGCCGACUCAGACUCGGAGAGCGCAUCUGCCGACUCGGACUCGGAAUCGGAUGAAAGCCAGCGUGCCACCCGGCAUGGCAGAACACAUACGGCAAAGGCUACUGGUACGAGUGCAUCUGCAGUCGCAAGCAGGCGGCUACGGGAGUCGAUGAAGGACGGGACGUUCUGCGUGAACAAGGCGCGGUUCGCAAACUUCGAGCGCAAGAUACUGAAGCUUGAUGCCAGUGCUGAGUUCGAUCUUGGGGCGAGCUGGAGAGUCUAUCAUUCAGUGUGUUCAUCCUGGGUGGCGUGCAAGGAAGCCUACAGUGUUACACGCUUCCGGGAUCACACCAAGCACUGCGGGACCUCCAAGUCACGUCGUACUUGCAAUCCGCCCAAGAAGCUUGACGGCAAAGUUAAGCCUGACGGUCGAAAGGGUCAACCACACGGCUCAAGACACAGGACUGAGGCUGUCCCCGCCGGGGUGACACAUACCAUGGACUUCUAUGCCAAGAAGCUAGGGUGGAAAUCAAAAGCAGAUGAACACAAGCGAGACAAGGCGGAGCCCGCAGCGACCGUCAAGGCGUCCGAGCCAGCCCAGGAGCCUGACAGUGUUCCUUGUGGCGGUAUCACGAAGUUCCACGCACCCAACGUUGUGCAGUACUUGAGGCGGACAGGAGCUCAUGGCGGAGGUGCCCGGUCGAAGACUGUGAUAGCAGACGAGCUCUAUGGACGACCGUUCGGCGAGCUGAACGACGCGCAGCGCUUGGUGGUCGAUCGACAACAACGGCAAGAGCAGAGGUGGCGCAAUGACCAUAUCCGGCAGGCGAUCUUCGCGGUCGACUGCAAGCGCAUCAUUCCUCGCCAUCUCCUCAAGCAUGGCUCAGUUGAAAAUGCUAUAUGUGUCUGUUGCAGCAGCGUGAACAAUUGGAAGCGCACGAAGACCGCUCUUCGUGUUCCAGCCCCCGAUCCGGAGCACUACAAGUACCUGAACUAUCAAUAUCGCAACGAGAACCUAGGGCAUCUGUACGCUCGCACAGCUGGCCUUCAGGAUCUACUUGAGGGAGACAAUGAGUCUGAUUCACCUCUGGACUCACCGUUCGUCAAGUUUGCUGUCGGCGUACAUCAGGGCAAGUACGACGAUCACCGCGUCUUCUUAGACAUGGUGCUUGGCAUGGUCGAGAAGGAAAGUCGUGAUACACGAAAGGUUGGAAUGCAGAAUUUCAACCACGGCCCCGCGCUCCGUGAGUUCUCGAACGUUGCGCUGGUACAUAGCCCGGAGCUCUAUCGAUUCUUUUCGCACCACUUAGUACUUCCCAACCCACGCACCAUCAAGUCAGAGCAAGCGCGCAUACCCCGUCUUUCAAUAGACAUAGACGAUCGCACCUUCGAGCUCGCCGUCAACUACACUGCCUCUGUACAUUACAGUGGUCCUCUAUCACUCAGCUGCGAUGAUACCAAGCUUCAUGCCGCAUUACGGACGUACUGGGACCCAGAGAAGCAAACGCACUUCGUCAUUGGUGCCGUUGAUGGACCGAAAGCAGUGGCUGACGCUGAGGAGCUGCGCAAGCUACUGAGCACGAUGAACGACCCUAAGGUCAAGGCAGUCAAGCUCCGGCUCUGGUGUCUGCAGAUCCCACUCCCCAAUAUCCCACCACUCAUUCUCGCUGCGAAGGCAAUCCCCGACAAUCUUGAUGCGCCGACGCUCUGCGUACACUCUCGUCGACUGAUUAUGGGUCUGGCAGAACGAAAGAUCCACGUCGCCUCGUACGCCUGCGACGGGACCGAGACAGAGCGCUCUGUUCAACGUCUCAUCACCUCGCAAUCACCGCGGCAGAUCGUGCACACAAUCAAGCACCCCAUCGAAGGCAUGUCAAAUCUUUCCAUUGCCAUUCCAACGUACCACGGCCUGCCCACGGUGAUGAUCCAAGACAACAAGCACGGUUUGAAGACGGCGAGAAACAAUCUGUACUCGGGUGCGCGUCUCCUGGUCACUGGCAACUACACAAUGGGCUUUCAAGAUGUACGGGAUGUCGCCUUUAGAGACGACAGCCCCUUGUUCAUCCGUGAUGUUGAGAAGCUUGACCGUCAAGACGAUAAUGCUGCAAGUCGCCUGUUCUCUGCGACGACACUUGAACACGUCAUCGGGAAUUAUCCUGAGCAGCGCGGCCUCAUUGUAUAUCUCUUCACACUUGCGGACCUGCACGACGCGUACCAAAACCGGCGUAUCUCACAUGUGGAGCGUGUGCGCAUGGUGUUACGGGUCCGCUACUACCUUGACAUCUGGAAGGCAUUCCUGAGCCAUGCCAGGUACUCGACGAGCCGCUACUUCAUCUCGCGCGAGGCCGCUGACAUCAUGAGCAUCCUCAUUGAUGGGUUCAUGGGACUCAUCUUUGUUUACCGUGAUCAUACCGGCAGCCAACCCUUCCCUCUGCUGCCGUGGUUGCACUCCAGCGAAGCCUGCGAACAUGUCUUCGGCGAGUGCCGCAAACUGCUCAAGGACUUCACCUACCUCGACUUCCUCUUCAUGGUUCCUCGGGUCUCAGUUCUGCUUCGUACCGCCAUGACAUUCAAGCAGACGACGAACGCCAAGGCUCGCGCAUCAGGAUACGCGCAUACCUAUUUCGACACCGCAGGCGCUGACCUCGCGCGCCUCGCUGUCUUCCCAACGGAUGCGGAAAUCAGCGAAGCUGCUCAGCAAGCUUGGUCCGAGGCGACCAGUCUUUGGAACUACCUCGACAUUGCCCCCGCAGACGUUUUGCGGCCACUCUCUGCAGCCCAACCUCCCAUUUCCCGCCUACCUGGUAUCAGCUCGUGGUUUGCGCCAGGUCAAGAUCCGAUUACCAAUGCCAGAACCGGGUCUGACCAGGCCUCAGUGACGGUGGUAGCGCCAGAGCGUUAUGGUGGUGACACGUCAGAUGGUUCAGACUCGGGUCAGUCGGACUCGGAAAGUAGUGAGUAUGACAGUGAACCCGAGCCUCAAACGGAGGUCGCGGAAUUGCAAGGCCUACUCGAUGCUGAAGAAAAGACGCCAUUGAGACCUGGACACCUCGACGACAAGAUGUUCAACUUGCAAUGCGCUGCGAUUGCACUUGCUCUGGACGAAACAGACCGCAUACAAAACCUUGGUGGACUCGAUGAUGACGAGGAGGCCGAGAUAUGGGCCGAGGAAGAUAGCCUCAACAUCCAGAGAGCCCUUGCCGCCGCCGCCGCCUCUGCAACCGUCCCAAUCAUUGAACUACCGGCUCUGCAGAUCGCACCUGAGCCCACAGUGCCAUUGGAUGGCUCUUUCGCGCGUGAUAGCGCGUUCGACUGUUCACAGCUCAUAGAGAUACGUCGAUCCCAUGAGACAGAACGCGCAAAGAAGGGCGUAAGGACACGGACAACGCGAGCCCGGGACUUGGACGCGGAGAAGCCCCAGGAUGGUCAGCCUCAAUCUGACAGCGCGGACGUCAAAGACGUGACGCCACGUCGAAUAAUCAUCAGGGAGAUGGCAGCUAUCAUCCGUGAACAGCAGGACAAUGUCGGGACCACCACUGGACUCAACCGCGCUGUUCGUAUUCAGAACCAACCCGCUACUAAGCCAGCUGGGAACGCGGCUAAUGCGGACCUUGCAGCCGGACAACGUGCGGCAGCAGUUGUGAAACGUCGAGACAAGAUAUUCACUGAGAACAAGCUUCCGUAUGUGCAAGCCCUUAGCGACGCUUUGGUGGCGAAGCCUAACGCGAAACAAGCCAAACACGACCUGCUAACUGCAGGCCAUUACGGAGUCGUCGUAGAUGAUGGGCGUGUGCUUAUCGGACGAGUCUUCACCCUCUAUUCGCGAACCGCUGGGAAGGGUGUGGCGCAUGCGUGGCAGCGCGAUAGUGCAAACAUCGGCCGUGUCUCCUACAUCGCUGUCCAGGUGUACGAACCUCGGCUGCGCAACCACUUCAGGGCAGUGCUGGGCAGCAUGGGGCACUUGCAGGUCUUUCGUUUUGCUCACAUUCCAUCAUCUCAGUUCCUGCUGAGACUGCCACCGAGCUCUUGCGUCGUCCGGGAUGACGGACGUAGCCUGGAGGUCGAACUGCCGGCCUUCAAGAUCUUCGACGACUUAGCGAGGGCACUUCCGAGGGUGCUGGCUGCUAUCAAACAGUUGCAAGCACGCCGUAAGAAAGGACAGGCUGCGACCGCAGGAGCCGGCGCAGAGGAUUCAGCCGCGGAGAGUGAUUAGUAUUCGGUGAUUGCUUCAUUUGUUGUCCGUACUACUAGUGUGUUGCAAACGAGUACAUUAUGUAUUCAAGCAUGUUCCAGUGAGUGGAAUCUCGCUAUAUAGGUGCCCAUCACGGUG